AUGGCCCCCCUGCUCAGCCUGAACUGGGGUCGGGGUGUGACCGUGGCAGGGGCCGUCCGGCUUCGUGGCGGCGCUGACCGGGUGGAAGGCACAGUGGAGGUGUACGCCAACGGCACGUGGGGCGCAGUCUGCAGCAGCCACUGGGACGACACGGACGCUGCGGUCGUCUGUCACCAGCUGCAGCUGGGGAGAAAGGGAGUCGCAGAACACACCCCGCUGUCCGGGUUGGGCCGCGUCCCCGUUCACUGGAGCGGCGUCCGCUGCCGAGGAGACGAGGAGAGCCUCCAGCUGUGCGCCAGGGACGCCUGGCGGGGCGGGGCGUGUCCGGAGGCGGCCGCCGUCAGGUGCAGCGUGUCCCACGGCCCCGCCUCCCCCGUCCUGCGCCUCGCAGGUGGGAGCAGCGCGCACGAGGGCCGCGUGGAGCUCUACCACGCCGGCCAGUGGGGGACCGUCUGCGACGACCAGUGGGACGACGCCGACGCGGAAGUCGUCUGCAGGCAGCUGGGCCUCAGUGGCGUCGCCAGAGCGUGGACGCGGGCCCACUUCGGGGAGGGGUCCGGCCCGGUGCUGCUGGACGAGGUGCGGUGCACGGGCAACGAGCUGGCCAUCGAGGAGUGUCCGAGGGGCUCCUGGGGCGAGCACAACUGUGGCCACGGAGAGGACGCCGGCGUGUCCUGCACCCCCCUGACGGACGGCGUCCUCAGACUCGCAGGGGGGAAGGACAGCCACGAGGGCCGCCUGGAGGUGUACCACGGGGGGCAGUGGGGGACGGUCUGUGACGAUGGCUGGACGGAGCUGAACGCGCACGUGGUGUGCCGGCAGCUGGGGUUCAGGUACGGCAAGCAGGCGCCCGCCAGCCCCUUCGGGGAGAGCGCCGGGCCCAUCUGGCUGGACGAGGUCAGCUGCUCCGGGCGGGAGACCAGCCUCCUGCAGUGCUCCCGGCCCCCGUGGGGGCGCCACGACUGCAGCCACCGCGAGGACGUGGGCGUGGCCUGUGCCCCACGCGGCGAGGGACACCGGCCGUCUCUGGGUUUCCCCAUCAGACUGGUGGACGGAGAAAAUGAGAGAGAGGGGCGCGUGGAGGUUUUCCUCCAGGGCCAGUGGGGAACCAUCUGUGACGACGGCUGGACUGACCGGGACGCGGCUGUGACCUGCCGGCAGCUCGGCUACAGGGGCCCCGCCAGGGCGCGGGCCAUGGCGUACUUCGGGGAAGGACGGGGGCCCAUCCACCUGGACAACGUGGCGUGCACGGGCGGCGAGCGGGCCCUGGCCGACUGCCUCAAACAGGAGAUCGGCCGGCACAACUGCCGCCACAGUGAAGACGCGGGCGUGAUUUGUGAUUAUUUUGGCAAGAAAGCGCCAGGCGACGGAGAUAAAGCGCCCGUCCCGCCCGGCUGUGGGCUCCGACCGCUGCACCGGCGGCAGAAGCGCAUCGUUGGCGGGAAGAACUCCCUGAGGGGCGGCUGGCCCUGGCAGGUGUCGCUGCGCCUCAGGUCCCCCCGAGGGGACGGCCGGCUCCUCUGCGGGGCCACCCUGCUGAGCAGCUGCUGGGUGCUGACGGCCGCGCACUGCUUCAAGAGGUACGGGAACAGCUCGCGGAGCUACGCUGUCCGGGUCGGGGAUUACCACACGCUGGUGCCCGAGGAGUUUGAAGAAGAAAUCGGAGUCCAACAGAUUGUCGUCCACGGGGCGUACCGGCCGGACAGCAGUGACCACGACAUCGCCCUGGUCAGGCUGCAGGGGCCGGAUGGGCAGUGCGCCAGGCUCAGCAGCCACGUGCUGCCCGCCUGCCUGCCGCUCUGGAGAGAGAGGCCACAGCGGACAGCCGCCGGCUGCCACAUCACGGGCUGGGGAGACACAGGGCGCGCCUACGCCAGGACGCUGCAGCAGGCCGCCGUGCCCUUGCUGCCCCGGAGGCGGUGCGCGGAGCGCUACCAGGGCCGCUUCACGGGAAGGAUGCUCUGCGCCGGGAGCCUCCAGGGACACAGCCGCGUGGACAGCUGCCAGGGGGACAGCGGCGGGCCCCUCGUGUGCGAGCGGCCGGGAGCCGGCUGGGCCGUGUACGGGGUGACCUCCUGGGGCUAUGGCUGUGGAGCCAAGGGUUCGCCCGGCGUUUAUACCAAAGUUUCAGCCUUUGUACCUUGGAUAAAAAGUGUCACCAAACUGUAA